CCUGAGCCCCUGUGGCCAAUGUCUGUAAUUCCACUCUGGACACAAACACUGUUGGCUUUGGAUGGAAGUGCCGGACACUCACAGCACUCCGAGGACAUACUGUUUUCCAGCCUAUUUUAUGUUCUCUCUUCACCCUUCAGCCUAAAAAAUUACCACAGUGCCACUUACCUACCUUAAUGGGAAUCUGCACAAAAGGCCAUUUCUCCAGUUUCUCUCAAAAGCAAAGGAAAACUUCCCAAUAUUAAUAUGUAGCAAAAAGAAGGAGAAGAAAAAGCCUAUUUGGUCCGCCCUUCUGGCUGUUGGUACCUUGCAGCUUAUGACAUACACAUAGAGGGAGGUCUGAUGAAAUGAACCAGGCAGUCAGAGAGCUACUCCAUUCCCGUGGAAACCAGGAGUCCCUUGGUGCAGACAGCUUUUCCUACUUUCCCAUGCAGUUCUUUUGUGCGACUUUGAGGGGCUCGUGAACGAUUUCUAAAUGUGUGCCUGCUGAGGCGAGCCGCACAGGGAGGGAGGAACCCAGCCGAGCCGUGCCAGAGGAAGCCAACAGGAUCCUAGCAGUGCGGGAGCUGGCUCAGCUCUUGUAUGCAGUUUUUGAAGUCAGCAAAACAGAAACCAAAUUACUAUCAUAUUAUGCUGGUGGAAGAUCAAGAAGAGGGGACUCUACACCAGUUUAAUUACUGUGAGAGAUGCAGCGAGUCACAGAAUAACAAAUGUAUCUCAUGUGUGGACCCUGAAGACAAAUGAAAAAAACUGGUCUGCUUUAUUGACGGCCGUAGUGAUUAUUCUAACUAUUGCUGGAAACAUACUCGUCAUCAUGGCAGUGUCCCUAGAGAAAAAGCUGCAGAAUGCCACCAACUAUUUCCUGAUGUCACUUGCCAUAGCUGAUAUGCUGCUGGGUUUCCUUGUCAUGCCCGUGUCCAUGUUAACCAUCCUGUAUGGGUACCGGUGGCCUCUGCCGAGCAAGCUUUGCGCAGUCUGGAUUUACCUGGACGUGCUCUUCUCCACGGCCUCCAUCAUGCACCUCUGCGCCAUCUCGCUGGACCGCUACGUCGCCAUCCAGAAUCCCAUCCACCACAGCCGCUUCAACUCCAGAACUAAGGCAUUUCUGAAAAUCAUUGCUGUUUGGACCAUAUCAGUAGGUAUAUCCAUGCCAAUACCAGUCUUUGGGCUACAGGACGAUUCGAAGGUCUUUAAGGAGGGGAGUUGCUUACUCGCCGAUGAUAACUUUGUCCUGAUCGGCUCUUUUGUGUCAUUUUUCAUUCCCUUAACCAUCAUGGUGAUCACCUACUUUCUAACUAUCAAGUCACUCCAGAAAGAAGCUACUUUGUGUGUAAGUGAUCUUGGCACACGGGCCAAAUUAGCUUCUUUCAGCUUCCUCCCUCAGAGUUCUUUGUCUUCAGAAAAGCUCUUCCAGCGGUCGAUCCAUAGGGAGCCAGGGUCCUACACAGGCAGGAGGACUAUGCAGUCCAUCAGCAAUGAGCAAAAGGCAUGCAAGGUGCUGGGCAUUGUCUUCUUCCUGUUUGUGGUGAUGUGGUGCCCUUUCUUCAUCACGAACAUCAUGGCUGUCAUCUGCAAAGAGUCCUGCAAUGAGGAUGUCAUUGGGGCCCUGCUCAAUGUGUUUGUUUGGAUCGGUUAUCUCUCUUCAGCAGUCAACCCACUAGUCUACACACUGUUCAACAAGACCUAUAGGUCAGCCUUUUCACGGUAUAUUCAGUGUCAGUACAAGGAAAACAAAAAACCAUUGCAGUUAAUUUUAGUGAACACUAUACCGGCUUUGGCCUACAAGUCUAGCCAACUUCAAAUGGGACAAAAAAAGAAUUCAAAGCAAGAUGCCAAGACAACGGAUAAUGACUGCUCAAUGGUUGCUCUAGGAAAGCAGCAUUCUGAAGAUGCUUCUAAAGACAAUAGCGACGGAGUGAAUGAAAAGGUGAGCUGUGUGUGAUAGGCUAGUUGCCGUGGCAACUGUGGAGGGCACACUGAGCAAGUUUUCACCUAUCUGGAAAAAAAAAUAAGAGAUUGGAAAAAAUUAGACAAGUCUAGUGGAACCAACGAGCAUAUCUGUAUGCCUCAUUUUAUUCUGUCAAUGAAAAGUGGGGUUCAAUGCUACAAAAUGUGUGCUUGGAAAAUGUUCUGACAGCAUUUCAGCUGUGAGCUUUCUGAUACUUAUUUAUAACAUUGUAAAUGAUAUGUCUUUAAAAUGAUUCACUUUUAUUGUAUAAUUAUGAAGCCCUAAGUAAAUCUAAAUUAACUUCUAUUUUCAAGUGGAAACCUUGCUGCUAUGCUGUUCAUUGAUGACAUGGGAUUGAGUUGGUUACCUAUUGCUGUAAAUAAAAAUAGCUAUAAAUAGUGAAAAUUUUAUUGAAUAUAAUGGCCUCUUAAAAAUUAUCUUUAAAACUUACUAUGGUAUAUAUUUUGAAAGGAGAAAAAAAAGACACUAAGGUCAGUGUUAUAAAAUCUGUAUUGCUAAGAUAAUUAAAUGAAAUACUUGACAACAUUUUUCAUUCCUGCUUUUUCAUAGAUACCAUUUGGAAAUAUUCACAAGGUUGCUGGCAUUUGCUGCAUUUCAAGCUAAUUCUCAGAAGUGAAAAAGAUUUCAAAUGUUAUUCAAUAACUAUUGCUGCUUUCUCUUCUACUUCUUGUGCUUUACUCUGAAUUUCCAGUGUGGUCUCGUUUAAUAUUUGUUCUUCUAGGUAAACUAGCAAAAGGAUGAUUUAACAUUACCAAAUGCGUUUCUAGCAAUUGCUUCUCUAAAACAGCAUUAUCGAGGUAUUUGGUAACUUGCUGUGAAAUGACUGCAUCAUGCAUGCACUCUUUUGAGCAGUAAAUGUAUAUUGAUGUAACUGUGUCAGGAUUGAGGAUGAACUCAGGUUUCCGGCUACUGACAGUGGUAGAGUCCUAGGACAUCUCUGUAAAAAGCAGGUGACAUUCCUAUGACACUCAUCAGGUAAAUUGAUGCUUUCAGAUCCAUUGGUUUAUACUAUUUAUUAAAACCAUUCUGCUUGGUUCCACAAUCAUCUAUUGAGUGUACAUGUAUGUGUGAAGCAAAUUUAUAGAUAUAAGAAAUAUAAAAAUAAUUAAAACAAAAUCCUUGCCUUUAAACGAAAUGGCUCUGCCAGGCACGGAGGCUCAUGCGUGUAAUCCUAGCACUUUGGGAGGCUGAGAUGGGAGGAUCACUUGAGGCCAAGAGUUUGAGACCAACCUGGGUAACAAAGUGAGACCUCCCUGUCUCUACAAAAAAAAAUCAAAAAAUUAUCUGAUCCUGGUGGCACACAACUGUGGUCCCAGCUACACGGGAGGCUGAGACACAAGGAUCACUUGAGCCCAGAAACUCAAGGCUGCAGUGAGCCAAGUUCACACCACUGCCAUUUCCUCCUGGGCAACAGAGUGAGACCCUAUCACAAAAAAAAAAAAAAAAGAAAGAAAGAAAGAAAAUGACUAAACUGAAAUGGUCUUAGUCAAAAAAUAUAAACAGACUUAUUUUUAGAAUCCUUUCAACUUAUUUCCUUCUUACCUGGUUCAGAAACAAGUUUGUUUCAACUGUGAGAGUAGUUUUAAAAAUAUGUUUUCCUGAUUGGUUACCAAUAAACACCAAACAAAUAAAGGAGGGGGAAAAUAUCACUUGAGGCUUAACAUUGCAAUUAAUUUAGAAAUGUGCACCUCAAUCUCAAGCCAAUUUAUAACUACCAUAGUUUUGAGCAAAAUUUUUCUUCUAUUUCUCCAAAAACUCACUCAUUUCAGUAUUACUCAUUGACACUGGGCUCCCUAAUAGAAAAGCAGAUAUUAUAAUAUUUCAUUGAAAUGGUUACUAAAGAGAAAAAGAGAUUAACAACAGUUAAUCCACCUUGAUAUUAUAACACUCAAGGUUAAAUUGCAUGUUGUUAUUGGAAUCAAUGUUAGAUAUAUGAUUAAAAUGCUGAAGAAUUUCUAUUGAAUGAGAAAUAGUUUUUUCCCUAAACAUUUGGAAAAAAAUACAGAUUUGAAAACUAAAGAAUGUGGGAAGUGUCAUUGUGUAAUUUGGAAAUGCAUAAAAUUCUCAUUAUGUCCUCAUAGAUAUGUUGAAAGAUGGUUCACUAUUUCAAAGACAGAAUGUAUAAUAUGCUGCUAGUACCAAGGCUGCAUUUGAACUGAACUACUCCUUAUGAUGAUACCGCACUAACUGAUGAAAAUAUAAAUGUUAAGAUGUCUCUGCUCUAAUGUAUUUUGCCUUCACUUACAACUCUGCACAUUUCAUUAUAUAUUAGGGAAAAGAUUACAGAUUCUACCCCCAUAUACUCAAUCUUGAUCAGAAUGAACAUUAAUGUUGCCUGAUAGAUGUCUUUUGACUACCUAUAUAUCACAAACGUGUAUGUGUUUUUUUCUUCCAUAAGUAUCUAUUCAAGUGUAUACUGUAUAGGCAAAUGUGUAGCUGUAUAUAUGUACAGACAUGUUCUCAUGCACUUUAUUCAAUAUUUAUAUAUUUAUAUGGACGAAAAGCAAGUCAAUGAAAACACUCAGUAUAUACACAUGUGUGCAUGUUUGUAUCAUGUUUAUUUAAAUGUGAAUUCAUGUUCUAAUAUUUCUAUGACCUUCCAUUUCUGCAAAGCAGAUUAAAGUGUAACAAAAAUAUCAGCUCUUUAAAUAAACUGGAAGUUAAUCUAAUUUUGUGGAAGAACUUUAAGACAAGUCUAUGAGGGUGACGAAAACAAUGGUCCACAUAUAUACUUUCUUGAUCCUAAAUAAAAUGGUACCUUUGGGCCCUU